AGAGAGGAGGGGAGGGAGGAGAAUACCCCUCACGUGUCUCUAUGUUAAUAUUGGAGAAUCUCACGCACUCACACUGCAGAUCCAGCAUCCUCCAGCACACAGCCUCCCCCACUACACCCUGAUGGUGACAGGAACAGCAGGGAGCUGGGCUGAUGUCCCCUGUCCCCAGGCUCGGAGCUCAUGUCUGUGUGAGGCUGGCCCCUGUCCCCGGGGCUGAAUUAUUAUGUGUGAAUGAUGCAUUUCGCGCUGCUCUGGGUUGUAGCUUCUGUAAUCUCUGCAAUGCCUCAACUGGGUUCUCUACUGAUAAAUUCAACGUUAAUCUACAACACUACUCAGCAGAAACAUCCUAACCCAUGGCCCCAGAUCUCUCCUCCUCCCCAAAUUAUCUAUCCCAGCCAAUUAGUAGGACGGACUUCAGGGACAGAAACACGCAGAUAUCAGUUGGACACUCGAGUCAGAAAUGGGAUCCCGACUGACGAAGUAGCCCAUCUGGCAAGUGCCAGCUUCCUAGUGCCAGCGUUUGGGAAGAAGUUCAUGCUAGACCUGGAUCUGAACCAUGAUCUCCUGUCUUCUAGAUAUGUGGAGGUGCAGUACGGUGACAGCAAUAGCACUCGUGUGACGACACCAGGUGAAGUAGGUGAUCACUGUUACUAUCAAGGCCAUGUGAGAGGGAUUGAGGGAUCAUGGGCUGCCAUUUCUACCUGCCACGGACUCAGCGGUGCCUUUUCUGAUACCUUGUACACAUACACAUUAUUUCCUAUGGAACACAACGUGGAGAAAAUGGACAGAUGGCCUCAUGUGAUCCAACCCACAACAAGAUGCACAAAACCAGGUUGUGAAUUUCACAAAGAGAUUCCUUCCAGCUCCAAAAUCCGCAGGAAAAGGCAGGUCCGUCGGACGGUCCAUUCGGCUCUAACUGAAACCAAAUACAUCGAGCUGAUGGUUGUGAACGAUCGACAGCUAUUUGUGCAGCACCAUAAAUCUGUAGGCCUCACCAGUGGUUUUGCCAAAUCGGUUGUGAACUUAGCUGAUGCUAUUUUUAGGGACCAAUUGAAUACGAAGAUUGUAUUAGUCGGCAUGGAAACGUGGACGUCUGCAGAUAAGAUAUCUGUGAGUGAGGACCCUCUGCAAGUGUUGGAAGACUUCAUGAGGUAUCGGAGUACGGAGAUCCCAGAGUACAGCGACACAACUCACCUCUUCUCAGGGCGCACAUUUAAGAGCAGUCGCAGCGGGACAGCGUAUUUUGGGGGGAUUUGCUCCCCGACCCAAUCCGGGGGCGUGAAUGAGUAUGGCACUAUCGGUGGCAUGGCUGUAACGUUGGCAGAGACCCUGGGACAGAAUCUCGGGAUGAUGUGGAAUAAACCCCGCACAUCAGCUGGUGACUGCAAGUGUCCGGACCUGUGGCUGGGUUGCAUCAUGGAAGACACGGGGUAUUAUCUACCCCAGAAGUUCUCUCGCUGCAGUAUUGAUGAAUACAACCAAUUUCUGCAAGAUGGAGGUGGAAGCUGUCUUUUUAAUAAACCUCUCAAGCUGCUUGAUGCUCCGUCCUGUGGGAAUGGAUUUGUGGAGUUGGGAGAGGAAUGUGAUUGCGGUUCUCCUACUGAAUGUGCUAAAUCUGGAGCCGGAAAUUGCUGCAAGAAAUGCACCCUUAGCCAUGAUGCCAUGUGCAGUGACGGCUUGUGCUGCAGAGGAUGCAAGUACGAGCCAAGAGGAACAACUUGCCGGGAGCCUGUUAAUGAAUGUGAUGUGCCCGAGACCUGCCCCGGAGACUCCAGUGUGUGUCCGCCAAACCUACACAAACAAGAUGGAUACUUUUGCGACAACGAACAGGGUCGAUGCUAUGGUGGCCGUUGUAAAACCAGAGAUCGUCAGUGCAAUGCAUUAUGGGGACACAGCGCAUCUGACAGGUACUGCUACGAAAAGUUAAAUGUUGAAGGGACCGAGAAAGGGAACUGCGGAAAAAAUGGAGAAACCUGGAUACAAUGUAGCAAACAGGAUGUGCUAUGUGGGUAUUUGCUAUGCUCCAAUAUCUCCGGAAUUCCGAGGAUCGGAGAGCUGAACGGAGAUAUCACCAGUAUGAGCUUGUACCAACAUAAUCGAUACCUGGACUGCAGAGGAGGGCAAGUAGUGCUCCCAGAUGGCUCGAACGUGGGGUAUGUGGAAGACGGUACCCCAUGUGGCCCUAACAUGAUGUGUCUGGAACAGAAGUGCCUCCCUGCUGCGGUUUUUAACUUUAGCACUUGUCCUGGAAGUGUAAAUGAAGAGGUCUGCUCAGACCACGGGGUGUGCAGCAACGAAGGAAAGUGUAUAUGUCAUCCAGACUGGACUGGAAAAGACUGCAGUGUGUACGAUCCUCUACCUGUUCCUAAGCCACCUGCUGUGGUUGAAAGAUACAAAGGUCCCAGUGGCACAAACAUCAUUAUUGGGUCCAUCGCAGGAGCUGUGCUGAUCGCUGCCAUUGUACUGGGGGGAACCGGAUGGGGUUUUAAGAAUAUCCGGAGAGGAAGAUCUGGAGGAGGCUAGCAGGUCAUAUGUCUUUCCUGCCUUUCUCUAUGUAUUCGUCUGUGUUCUCAAUCAUUCCCCCAACACCUCUAGGCCUUGCUAGGGAAAAAAUAUAAUGAGAUAAAAAAAAAAAGGAGAAUGGAAGAGGAAGCACAGAAGAAUGAUAUAAGGAGUCCUUCUGGGAUUCCCUACCCUGUCUUCCACAAAAGAUAAACUGCCACUUACUUAAUAAACUGGCCGAUAAACAAGAACAACGUUGGUGAGAUUCUGGGAGUGUUGAUGGAAUCACAUACCUCUUAAAAUAAGUCCUACUAAUUACUGGAAACAGAAGUGGAGGGAGCAGGGUGAAAUUUCCCCGUGAAACAAGUCACUGCCAUAAUUAAAAAAAAAAGGCUGGCCCUAGGGAGUACUGCCAUGAAUUUGUUCUGAUCUGAAUUAUCCCUAAAAAGUAUCACAUUCAUUGAUACAUUUUUAAGUUAACGAGGGACUAUACCCUUAAAUAAAAUUAAGCUUAGUUAAGAAGCUUUGAUCCUACUAAGGAAAGGACUGCUUCACUGUCAUGUUACUGCCAUGUACGAAAGUUGGUUUUAAGAGGGCUUGACCACACUUUUAGCACACUUUAGUCCUGGACGGGAUGGACCAAUUACAUGUAUUAUUAAAAAUGUAUUUUGACCUCAAAUAGGACCAACCGCUUAUUCUAAACACUUUACAGUAACAUACUGUCCAAACUAUUUUAAGUAUUUUUGCCAAAGAGGACCAUGUUUCUGGGCCCCUCUGGAAUUAAAAAACAAGUUAUACAUCUAUAUAAUCUCUAAUUAAGUCACUUACUCACCUACACCAUGCUAUCUGAUCUAUACUUGUAGUCACUUUUCUAAUUAACAGGCAUUGAACUUAUUUAUUUAUCUUUUAACGCACUACUAAAUGAUCAUCUAUGAAUUGCACUAAAACCAAGAAUAGAGUAGAAUAAAGUAGAGGGAGGAAAGUGUUGGAUUUAUAUCAAAUGCAUUUCUAGGCACAAAUAUCCCAAAUGGCCUACCCACUGCCAGAGACAUCAUAAAUAGAGAAUGGAUGGAAUGGGUCUUAGAUAUCUGUGGCCGAAAAAUAUCUAGACCCACAGACAAUUAUGUGUUGUAUGAAAAGUCUAGAGUGCCUUUUGAAAAGUCCGGGACUCGUAUAUGUUUAGAAGGAAAGCAGAGACAUAAAUCAAUUACACCCAAAUCCAGUAAAUGUUCUUGUAAUACAUUACAAAUACUGCUUAAUUAUUAUUGAUACAUGUGUCUACCGGAAACUCUAAAGUUUGUAAAUACUAAUUAUACCUCUAAAGCUUUGUGUUCUUGAUGGUUUUAAAUUUAAUGAACUUUCCUCAGCACCUACAGUGGUCGGAAUAGCCUAGCUGUUCUCUUGCUCUGAAUGUAUUGUCCCAGGUUAUUUCUGGUAAAUGACCAAAUGUCUGUCACAUC